UCACACGUUUAUGAAGAAAACUAGUUUUAGAAAAACGCUAAGACCCCAAAAACAGCCGAACUUGAAAGCCUAUCCAACUGAAGCGGAUCAGGCCCAAAGAAGAGAACCCACUGCUUUGCUAUGCUCUUCCUCUCGCUUCCCUCUCUCCUCUGCAAGUGCAACCUUAAAUAAAGCAGAAGACACGGUCUGUCCUGUUUCCAACCGUAUUUACAAUUAGAGUUUUAGGAUAAGAGAGAUUCUGGGUAUUGGGCUUAGUUCUAAACGGUGAAGCACCUAUCCAUUGGUGGGCAGACGGCUGGCUGACAACUUGAGAGAAAGUCGAGCUCUAAAACUGGAAAGUGAAUUUGUAAGAUAGUAGGAAUACAAAUUUCUGCUUGUUGGCGGGGCUGAAGAAAUAGACAAAGUUCUGCAAAAACAAUACCCAUAUAGAAGAGGAUAGUCAAAGAAUGACGCUCGUGAAGAGAUAUGUCCUUAGGCUGUUUAUAUCAUUGAAAUACAUCACAGCAAAUGUUGUAGACAGAAACAAUGGGAGAAUUGUUGCAACAGCAUCAACGGUUGAACAUUCCAUCAAGAACACCCUUGAGUGUGGUCGAUCUUGCAACGCAAAAUCAGCUACAGUUGUUGGAGAGGUGUUGGCAAUGCGACUCAAGGUGGAGGGUCUAGAACAGGGACAAGGAAGAGGGAUUCAUGUUGAUAUGGAGAAAGAGGUUGAGAAAAAAGGCUACAAGAACCGCACCAAGAUUUGGGCCGUUGUUAAUGCCCUAAAAAACAAUGGAGUAAAAAUAAUUCUUGAUGAGGAUAAUGCGAACACAUCCCGUCCGGAUUUCCGAUGAAUAACCUUUCCAAUUUCUAGUGUUCUGUUUUGUAUUGUUGAGCGUGGAAGAUAGUUUGCAUGCAUUUUACAAGGGAAACAACAGAAAUGGCUGCUGAGAAAUACAUGACAAUAACGCUUAUGAAUUCAAAUAAAAAUGUGUUGAUCUUUAGCCA